AUCCAGAUGUCUCUUUGUGACUGGACACUGAGGCCCUUUGGGCAGAGAAGCUCCAGGCGGCAGUGGUCACUACAUAGAAUUGGGUUCCCCGGGGGCUCAGAGGCAAAGCAGGCUUUCUCCUUAGGCUUGGAGUGUGUGGAGCACCCAGCCACUCCCUAGUCCCCACUAGGAUAGAAGGAGGGAAGCUCAAGCUCCUCCCAGAGCGAUCUGGGGGUCCCAGCAGAGGUGCAGGGUACUCCCAAGUCUGGACCCUGCUGGGAUCUUGUCCCAGGUCUCCAGGGUGGGGCCUGUCCCUGAAGCAGCGCAGCACCGGCCCUUUAAGAAAGUCGGUGGGUGGGUGCAGACGGGGAGCCCCCGCCUCCGCGGCUAGCCGCCCUGAGCCGAGUCCGCACCUCCCCGCCCCAGCUCAGUGAGCGCCCGCCAGCCCAGAGCGCGCUUGCAGUCCCAAGUCCUCCUUCUCUGCUGCCGGGAGUCCCCGCCGCCCAGGCGAUGCGCCCCUGCCCGCGGCCCCCGCGCCUCGCGCCUGCUUUGGCCCUGGUGGUGCUCACUUGGGCGCUGCUGACUGGACCCGCGUCUGCAGCCUCCUUCUUCGGUGAGAGCCACCUGGAGGUGCCUGUGGCCGCGGCCCUGGCCAACGUGGACCUGCAGCUGCAGUUCUCCACAGCUCAGCCUGAGGCCUUGCUCUUCCUGGCAGCUGGGGAGGAUGACCACCUGCUGCUGCAACUCCACGCGGGACGCCUACAGGUCAAGCUUGUCCUGGGCCAGGAGAAGCUGAGGCUGCAGACCCUGGCAGAGGUACUGCUGAACGACUCUGUCCCCCACUCUGUGGCACUCACUGUCUCAGAUGGCUGGGCUGAGCUAUUGGUUGAUGGGCUGUUCAAUGCCUCCGGCCGGGUCCCAGAAGGCGCCCUCGAUGUGCCGUAUGGGCUCUUUGUUGGGGGCUCUGGAAGCCUGAGCCUGCCCUACAUGAGGGGGGCCAGCCGACCCCUGCGAGGCUGUCUCCUCACCACCACCCUCAACGGCCGCAACCUCCUCCGCCCGCUGACCCCAGAUGUGCCUGAGGGCUGUGCUGAAGAGUUCUCAGCUGGGGACGAUGUGGCCCUGGGCUUCACUGGGCCCCGCUCACUGGCGGCCUUCCCAGCCUGGAGCACUCAGGAUGAGGGCACCCUGCAGUUCACCCUUACUACGAGGAGCCGACAUGCACCCCUGGCCUUCCAGGCGGGUGGCCAACGCGGGGACUUCAUCUAUGUGGACAUAUUCGAAGGGCAUCUGCGGGCUGUGGUGGAGAAGGGCCAGGGCACUGUCUUGCUCCAUAACAGUGUCCCCGUGGAUGAUGGGCAGCCCCACGAGGUUAGUGUCCACAUGGACACCCACCGCCUAGAGAUCUCUGUGGACCAGUACCCCACGCGCACCUCCAACCGUGGGGUCCUCAGCUACCUAGAACCGCGUGGCAGCCUCCUCCUCGGGGGGCUGGAUGCAGAGGCCACCCGUCACCUCCAGGAACACCGCCUGGGCCUGGCACCCGGCACCACCAACACCUCCCUGCUGGGCUGCCUGGAGGACCUGAUGGUCAAUGGCCAGCGGCAAGGGCUCCGCCACGCUGUGCUGACCCGAGGCAUGGCGGCCGGAUGCAGGCUGGAUGAGGACGAGUAUGAGGACGAUGCCUACAGCUCCUAUGAGGCAUUGUCCACCCAGGCGCCUGAGGAGUGGCCGGUCAUGGAGCUGCCCGAGCUGUGCGUCCCCGAACCUGGGCUUCCCCCUGUCUUCACCAACCUCACCCAGCUGCUCACCAUCAGCCCGCUGGUGGUGACCGAGGGUGGCACAGCGUGGCUGGAGUGGCAGCACGUGCAUCCCACACUGGACCUGCAGGAGGCCGAGCUGCGCAAGUCACAGGUACUGUUCAGCGUGACCCGGGGCCCUCGGCACGGUAAGCUGGAGCUCGACAUCCCGGGAGCCCGGGCACGGCAGAUGUUCACCCUGCUGGAUGUGGUCAAUCGCAAGGUCCGCUUUGUCCACGAUGGUGCGGAGGACACCUCUGACCAGCUGGUGCUAGAGGUGACUGUCACAGCUCGGGUGCCUGUUCCCUCCUGCCUGCGGCGGGGCCAGGCUUACCUCCUGCCCGUGCAGGUCAACCCCACCAAUGACCCGCCUCGUGUCAUCUUCCCAAACGGCAGCCUCAUGAUGAUCCUGGAGCACACACAGAAGCCGCUGGGGCCUGAGGUCUUCCAGGCCUAUGACCCAGACUCUGCUUGCGAGAGCCUCACCUUCCAACUCCUGGGAGAUUUAGCGGGACUCCCAGUGGAGCACCGGGAUCGACCUGGGGAGCCAGCGCCUGAGUUCUCCUGCCGAGAGCUGGAGGCAGGCGACAUCGUCUAUGUUCACCGAGGCGGCCCCGCACAGCCCCUGACAUUCCGGGUGAGUGAUGGACUGCAGGCCAGUGGCCCGGCUAUACUGAAUGUGGUGGCCAUGCGACCAGCCAUCCGGAUCCGCCACAGCACGGGGCUGCUCCUGGCACAGGGCUCUGCCGCACCCAUCUUGCCCGCCAACUUGUCAGUGGAAACCAAUGCUGUGGGGCAGGACGUGAGCGUGUUGUUCCGUGUUGUGGGUGCCCUGGAGUUCGGGGAGCUGCAGAAGCAGGGGGCAGGCGGUGCAGAGGGCGCCGAGUGGUGGGUCACACAAGCCUUUCACCAGCGGGAUGUGGAACAGGGCCGGGUUCGGUAUCUGAGCACUGACCCCCGGCACCAUGCCCAGAACACCGUGGAGAACCUGGUGCUGGAGGUGCAGGUGGGCCAGGAGACCCUGAGCAACCUUUCCUUCCCGGUGACCAUCCAGAGGGCCACCGUGUGGAUGCUGCAGCUGGAGCCACUGCACACGCAGACCACACAGCCGGAGACCCUCACCACGGCCCACCUGGAGGCUACCAUGGAGGAGGCAGCUGGCCCAAGAGCCAGCAGCUUCCACUAUGAGGUGGUCCAGGUCCCCAGGAAGGGGAACCUGCAGCUGCAGGGCACAAGGCUGUCAGCUGGCCAGGGCUUCAGCCAGGAUGACCUGCGGACUGGGCGUGUGACCUAUGCAGCCACAGCACGCACCUCCAAGCCCAUCGAGGACGCCUUUCUCUUCCGAGUCACGGCUCCACCACACUUCUCACCACUCUACACCUUCCCUGUCCACAUCGGUGGUGACCCGGAUGCUCCUGUCCUCACCAACGUCCUCCUCCUGGUGCCCGAGGGUGGGGAGGCUGUCCUCUCCGCUGACCACCUCUUUGUCAAGAGCCUCAACAGUACAAGCUACCUCUAUGAGGUUAUGGAGCUGCCCCGCCAUGGACGGCUGGCGUGGCGGGAGCCGCAGGACAAGGCCACCCCAGUGACAUCCUUCACCAACGAAGACCUGCUGCAUGGCCGGCUGCUCUACCAGCAUGACGACUCUGAGACCACCGAAGACGACAUCCCAUUUGUGGCCACCCGCCAGGAUGAGGGCAGUGGCGACAUGGCCUGGGAGGAGGUCCGAGGUGUUUUCCGAGUGGCCAUCCAGCCGGUGAAUGACCAUGCCCCCGUGCAGACCGUUAGCCACGUGUUCCAUGUGGUCCGGGGUGGGCGGCGGCUGCUGACAACGGAGGACGUGGCCUUCAGUGACAUGGACUCCGGCUUCUCAGAUGCCCAGCUGGUGCUGACCCGCAAGGACCUCCUAUUUGGCAGUAUUGUGGCUGUGGAUGAGCCCUCACGGCCCAUCUACCGUUUCACCCAGGAGGACCUCAGGAGGCGGCGGGUCCUGUUUGUACACUCAGGGGCUGACCACGGCUGGAUGCAGCUUCAGGUGUCCGAUGGGCAGCACCAGGCCACAGCCAUGCUCGAGGUGCAGGCCUCGGAGCCCUUCCUCCACGUGGCAAAUGGCUCCAGGCUUGUGGUCCCUCAGGGAGGCCACGGCAUCAUUGAUACCGCUAUGCUCCCUCUGGACACCAAUCUGGACAUCCGAAGUGGGGAUGACGUCCACUACCGCAUCACAAGCGGUCCUCACUGGGGGCAGCUGCUCCGUGCCAGUCAGCCGGCCACCACCUUCUCCCAGCAGGACCUGCUGGACGGCACCAUCCUCUACAGCCACAAUGGCAGCCUCAGCCCCCGUGACAGCCUGGGCCUAUGGGUGGAGGCAGGGCCAGUGCACACAGAAGCCACCCUCCAAGUGACCAUUGCCCUUGACAGCCCCCCAGCCCCACUGCAGCUGGUCCGGCAUGAGAAGAUCUACGUCUUCCAGGGGGAGGUGGCUGAGAUCAGGCAGGACCAGCUGGAGGCAGACCAAGAGGGGGUCCCCUCCACAGACAUCGUGUUCUCGGUGAGAAGCCCCCCGAGUUCGGGCUACCUGGUGAUGAUGUCCCACGCGACAGCUGGGGCACCCAGCCUGGCCCCAGUGCAUAGCUUCUCCCAGGAGGCCAUAGCCACCGGCAAGGUCCUCUACCUACACUCCCACCCUGAGGCCUGGAGUGACACCUUCACCCUGGACGUGGCCUCAGGGCUGGGUACCCCCUUGGAGGGCAUCCGCAUGGAGCUGGAGGUUCUACCCACCACCAUCCCCCUGGAAGGGCAGAACUUCAGCGUGUCUGAGGGUGGUGCCCGCACCCUGGCCCCACCACUACUGCAAGUCACAGGUCCCUACUUCCCCACGCUGCCCAGCCUCAGCCUUCGGGUACUAGAGCCUCCCCAGCACGGAGCCCUGCAGAGGGAGGGACAGCCCAAAGAUGGGGUCCUCGACACCUUUUCCUGGAGAGAGGUGGAGGAGCAGCAAAUCCGAUACGUGCACGACGGAAGUGAGGUGCUGACUGACAGCUUCAUCCUGGUGGCCAAUGCCUCAGAGAUGGACCGCCAGAGCCAGCCAGUGACCUUCACUGUCACCAUCCUGCCGAUUAAUGACCAACCCCCUGUCCUUACCACGAACAUGGGCCUGCAGCUGUGGGAGGGGGCCACCGUGCCCAUCCCCGCCGAGGCCCUGCGGGCCACAGACAGCGACUCAGGACCUGAGGACCUGGUCUACAGCAUUGAGCAGCCCAGCAAUGGACAGGUGGUACUGCGGGCAGCGCCAGGCACUGAGGUCUACCACUUCAGCCAGGCCCAGCUGGACACCGGGCUGGUGCUCUUCUCCCACAGAGGAGCCCUGGACGGAGGCUUCCACUUCAACCUCUCCGAUGGGGAGCACGAAUCCUUGGGCCAUUUUUUCCGAGUGACAGCUCAGAAGCAGGCACAGCUGUCGCUGGAGGGCUCCCGCAUGCUGACCGUCUGUCCAGAGUCCAUCCAGCCGCUCAGCAGCCACAGCCUGAGUGCCAGCUCCAGCUUGGGCACUGACCCCCAGCACCUAAUCUACCGUGUGCUGCAUGGCCCCCGGCUUGGCCGGCUGCUCCACGCCCAGCAGGGCAGUGCCUCUGAAGCCCUGAUCAACUUCACUCAGGCUGAGGUGUCUGCUGGGAACGUGCUGUAUGAGCAGGAGGCGUCCCCUGAGCCCUUCUGGGAAGCUCACGAUACCAUCGAGCUCCUGCUGUCCUCACCCCCUGCCCCUGACUUGGCUGCUGUGCUGUCUGUGGUCGUGUCAUUUGAGGCUGCCUGUCCCCAGCGCCCCAGCCGCCUCUGGAGAAACAAAGGUCUGUGGGUCUCCGAGGGCCAGCGGGCCAAGAUCACUGUGGCUGUCCUGGAUGCCUCCAACCUCCUGGCCAGUGUUCCCGCGCCCCAGCGUCCCAAGCAUGAUGUGUUGUUCCAGGUAACACAGUUUCCAACGCGGGGCCAGUUGCUGGUGUCUGAGGAGCCCCUCCACGCAGGGAGGCCGCACUUCUUGCAGAGCCAACUAGCCGAAGGGGAGCUGGUGUAUGCCCACGGUGGUGGGGGCACCCAGCAUGAUGGCUUCCACUUCCGCGCCCACCUCCAGGGCCCAGCAGGGGCCUUGGUGGUGGGACCCCAAACCAUGGAGGCCUUCACCAUCACCGUGCGGGAUGUGAACGAACGCCCGCCUCAGCCGCAGGCCUCAGUGCCCCUCCAGCUCACCCAAGGUUCCCGAGCUCCUGUCUCCCGAGCCCAGCUGAGCGUGGUAGACCCAGACUCAGCCCCAGGGGAAAUCCUGUACGAGGUGCAGCGAGCUCCCCACAAUGGCUUCCUGAGCCUGGUGGGGGUCAGCCCAGGGCCCGUGACCCACUUCACCCAGGCCGAUGUGGACGCAGGGCGGCUGGCCUUCGUGGCCAAUGGCAGCAGUGUGGCAGGCGUCUUCCAGCUGAGCGUGUCUGAUGGGGCCAGCCCGCCCUUGCCUGUGUCCCUGGCUGUGGACAUCUUGCCAUCUGCCAUCAAGAUACAGCUGCAGGCUCCCCUGGAGGUGCCUCAGGCCUCAGGACGUGCCUCGCUGAGCCAGCAACAGCUCCGGGUGAUCUCGGACCAGGAAGAACCAGACACGACCUACUGCCUUACCCAGGGCCCCCAGUAUGGGCAGCUGCUGGUGAGCGGGCAGCCUGCCUCAGCCUUCAGCCAGCUGCAGGUGGACCAGGGGGAGGUAGUCUUCACUUUCACCAACUUCUCCUCCUCUCGUGACCACUUCCGAGUCCUGGCACUGGCCAGGGGUGCCAACGCAUCUGCCACAGUGAAUGUCACUGUGAGGGCCCUGCUGCAUGUGGGUGCAAAGGGCCCAUGGCCUCAGGGUACUACCUUGCGCCUGGAUUCCACUGUGCUGGAUGCCAGCGAACUAGCCAACCACACUGGCAGCAUGCCCCACUUUCGGCUCCUGGCAGGACCCCGACAUGGGCGGGUGGUGCGUGUCCCCCGAGCACAGACAGAGCCCAGAAGUGGGCAGCCUGUGGACCAAUUCACACAGCAGGACCUGGAGGCUGGGAGGCUGGGGCUAGAGGUGGACAGGCCAGAGGGUCAGGUACCCAGGCCCACAGGGGACAGCCUCACUCUGGAGCUAUGGGCACGUGAUGUCCCACCUGCUGUGGCCUCACUGGAUUUUGCCACAGAACCUUAUGAUGCAGCUCGGCACUACAGAGUGGCACUGCUCAGUGUCCCUGAGGCCACUCGGAUAGAAGCAGGGAAGGUGGAUAGCAGCACCCCCAUGGGGGGGCUGGCUCCAGCAGCAUCCAGCCCAGUGCCCACCGUGGCCAGGGGGGGCUUCCUGGGCUUCCUAGAAGCCAACAUGUUCAGCGUCAUUGUCCCUGUGUGCCUAGUCCUGCUGCUCGUGGCGCUCAUCCUGCCACUGCUCUUUUAUCUCCGCAAGCGUAACAAGACGGGCAAGCAUGACGUCCAGGUCUUGGCUGCCAAACCCCGAAAUGGCCUUGCUGGUGACACAGAGACCUUCCGCAAGGUAGAGCCAGGCCAGGCCAUCCCACUCACCACUGUGCCUGGCCAGGGGUCCCCACCAGGAAGCCAGCCUGACCCUGAGUUGUUGCAGUUCUGCCGGACACCCAACCCUGCACUCAGGAAUGGCCAGUACUGGGUGUGAGCUGGGUAGAUAGUGCUGGCGGGUAGGCCCUGCUCCCAUACCCUGGCACUGCGAGUUUUCCCAGAGCAAGACCUGGAGAGCUGAGUGGUGGAUGCCAGGGACUGCCCUGGAAUACCAGAUGGAUGUAGUCACGAGCCAGAAUCUCCCAGCGCACAGAACCUGGAGAACCAUGGGGCCGAGGCAAGAGGUGGCUGAGUCAGGCCCGUGUCCUAGAGCUGGUUUGACUUUCAAAGCCAGGGCAACCACCUUGGUGGGCCAAGACUCUGGUUGGUCCUGGGUCUGUGUCUGUGGGUAAGUCGCCUGACCCAGGCUGCCAGGAGGGAAAGGAGGAGAGAGAGCCCUGGAGAGGGGCUGGGCAGAGGGGAUAAUCAGAUCCUGGCUUUCCCACUGCAACCAGGGCUGGGGUAGCCUCUUCUGCCUCUGGGAUUUUAGGGAAAUGGUGUUUGGGGGGGCUGGAGGUAGCAGGGGAGCCUCUCCACACCAAAAGGCAUCCACCCAUAGAAUAAUAUAUUUGGGGUGCAGGGUGGAUGGGUGCUCAGAAGUGGGUUGCAAGGGAGCUAUUUAACAUGGUGCUGGGCCUGCAGGGCCUGGUGGCACACAUACCCUCCAGGGUUGGGAUGGGGGAAGAGUCUGGAGCACUUCCGUUUCUGGGGCUAUUGUGAUGGGCCAAAGACUGAGCAAGCCUGGAGUGGACUGGGCCAAUGUAUGGCCCUUGGGCCACCGCAGUGCCUGUGCACCCCCGAGGACUGGAGGUGGCUGCGUGGGGUCCUUGAUCCUUACAAUCUGGAUAAAUGGUGCUUGGGCAGCUCUCGACAAUGUGUGCUUUGUCUGACUUGCUAGGCCCUGGGACCUGGCAGCCUCACUCCAUGGGGCCAGCACCCAGCCCGGGGUAUUGAGUGGGAUGAGGCGAGCUGGGGAGCCCCAUGUGUCCACCAUCCAGGGCUCCUCCCCUCAACUUGUGGACAGGUGGCCCAGUGCUUGAAACAAAACCCAAGCCCUGACUGAUGUAGAGGUGGAGUAGGUUCUUCCUCUUCAAGGAAAGAAGAAAAAUAAAUGCUCCUGACCCUGGUUUCUCA